CUUUUAAUUUGUUCAGUGUGGUGACAUGUGAUGACAGAUAUAAGAUUUUGACAUAUAUUUUAAUAUAACGAAAGAUUCGUGUCAGGGACAGAGUCAGACUUGUAGUAGAAGGUUAGCAGUGCUAGGAGAAAGGCUAGAAACAAAAUGCCAUCUACAAAGAAAAAAGUGGUUGUCACUGGAUUUGGUCCAUUUAGUGGUCAUAGGGUAAAUGCUAGUUGGGUUUCUGUACAAGAAUUAGCUAGAUUAGGAUUAACAAAUGAUAUAGAUCUUAUAAUCAGUGAAAUACCUGUUGAAUAUUGUACUGUUAAAACAAUAAUACCUUCAUUAUGGAAACAACAUAAUCCAGAUCUGAUAGUGCAUGUAGGUGUAUCAUCUAUAGCUAUGGAACUUACAUUAGAACAACAAGCACACAAUGAUGGUUAUGAUAAACAUGAUAUAUCUGGUAGCUGUCCACCAACACAAUGUUGUGUAGAAGGAGCUGAUACUUGUAUUAAAUCAGAUAUUGAUAUGCAACAUGUCUGUAACGAAGUCAAUAAUAUGCCAAUUAAAAUCAAAACAAUUGUAUCCAACGAUGCAGGAAGAUACCUGUGUGAUUUCUCCUAUUAUCAAUCACUACACAUUGAUAAACGAAAGGCAGCAUUUAUACAUGUUCCUCCUUUGGGCUGUCCAUAUACAGCAGAAGAAAUCGCUGAAGGUCUGAGAGCAGUUAUACUAUCAAUGUUAAAACACAUGGCAUUAUGAUUUGUAUCUUAUUGGAACAAUAUUUUUAAUCUCCUAUCCUUCUUUAAAUCACCAUCAUAAUUACGUCCCAAAAUUAUUCAUGUUUUAUUUAAAGCACAAACAAUUCAAAUAUAAAUUUGAAUAAGAUACAUUUGUAUUUUAAGAUGUACCAAUAUGAUCUAUAUUCAUGAUAUCUGUGAACUGAAACCAAUUUGACAGACUUUGAACUUAUUUUACUCGGUUAAUGAUCCAUCGAAUAUAAUGGCAUAAUAUACAGAUAAUAUAUAAUAUAUAAAUCACAAUGCAUUCCAAUUUCACCCAAACAUUAAUUUGUAUAACUGAUGCUUUAACAUAAAGGAAUGAAAUGGGGGUUGGCUUCUAAUUGAUAUUGCCUAGUUUUGCCAUUAUGUUCAUUUUGAAUACCUUGAUUUAUAAUUAAGAUUUUUAUACGCCCACAUUUUCAUGUGGACGUAUAUUGUCGUCGCCCCUGUCCAUCCGGACGUCCGUCCACAAUUGUUUGUGAACAGUCUACAGGUCACAAUUUUUAUCCGAUUUCAAUGAAACUUGAAAUAUAGGUUUAUCACCCUAAGAUCUCGGUUCCUUUCGAUAUUGGCAUCUAUCGGACCGUAACUUCAUGGAUUAUGGCCUCUGAUUGUACGAAAAAUCACAUUUUUGGCUUGUGAACACUGUAGAGGUCACAAUUUUUAUCCGAUUUAGUUGAAACUUGAAAUGUAAGUUUAUAACCCAAAGAUCUCGGUUCCUUUCGAUAUUCGCACAUAUCGGACCGUAACUUCCUGAAUUAUGGCCCCUGAUUUUACGUAAAAACGCGUUUUUUGGCUUGUGGACCCUAUAGAGGUCAUAAUUUUUAUCCGAUUUAAAAAAACGUAUUAUUAUAUCAUCGUUAAACCCUAAGGACGGUUGAGUUUGAAUUUCGUGAAAAUCAGCCCAAAACUGACCGACAAAAUGGCCGCCAUUCGUUCUCAAAUAGCGUAAAAAUAUGGUAUAUCAAGGUUGUUGACCCUAUAGAGGUCACAAUUUUUAUCCGAUUUUGUUGAAACUUGCAAUGUAAGUUUAUAACACAAAAAUCUUGAUUCCUUUCGAUAUUCGCGCAUAUCGGACCGUAACUUCAUGAAUUAUGGCCCCUGAUUGUACGCAAAAACGUGUUUUUUGGCUUGUGGACCCUAUAGAGGUCAUAAUUUUUAUCCGAUUUAAAAAAACGUGUUAAUAUAUCACUGUUACACCCUAAGGAUGGCUGAGUUCGAAUUUCGUGAAAAUCGGCCCAAAACUGACAGACAAAAUGGCCGCCGUUCGUUCUCAAAUAGCGUAAAAAUAUGGUAUAUGAAGGUUGUGGACCCUAUAGAGGCUACAAUUUUUAUCCGAUUUUGUUGAAACUUGAAAUGUAAGUUUAUAACACAAAGAUCUUGGUUCCUUUUGAUAUUCGCGCAUAUCGGACCGUAACUUACUGAAUUAUGGCCCCUGAUUGUACGAAAAAUCACGUUUUUAGCUUGUUUUCUAUCCAUCUCUCGAAAAUGUGGGCGUAUCCUGCCUGGCAGCCGCUGGUAUUUAUUGAUUUCAUUGAUUUCAUUUACAUAUAAUUUCCAGUUAUUGCAUAAUUAUCAAAUUCAUGUUGAUUGUUUUAAGAAUUGUUUGUUUUGUUAUACAACAUCUAAUUUGUUGAUAAUGUUUUCACUUUUCAGGGAUACAUUUUAUUAUGCCCACAUUGAAAUGUUAUCAUAUAUUGCUGUCGUCCCUUGUCUGUUCAUUGGUACCAUAGGUUCAUAGUCCAUCGUCCACAAUUUUGCAUGAAACUCAAUCUGCAAACUAGAUUCAUAAUCUGUCUUUUUCAAAUUUAUGGAUGUUGUUUGCAUUAGUGUGACAAAGAAGUCAAUUGAAUUCUGAUGAUAAAUUCCAGAUUUAUUACCUAUGAUCACUUUGUAGAAUUUGCGAACACUCUUAUCAACAAGAGUUACCUGAUCUGUUGAAAUUUUUUCAACAUUGUUCAGGUUAGUGAAGGCAGAAUUCUAUCAACAAUUUCUGCAUGUUCCUGAAGCAACGGCCAUGAGUUGCUAACAAUGGUACCUAAUCUUCCUUUAUAGCAGGCAGUGCACACAUAUGAACAAUAACAUUGUCAAAUCAGAGGUCGCGAUACACAACGACCUCUGCAGAAAAAGGCUUAGAUAAGUUUAGAGCCAUUGAAAAUUGUUUUUUUCAGUUGAAAAACUCACAGAAAAGCAAUCAAAGCUAUUUUAGAAAUUAAAAUUUCUUGAUAAAGAUACCUGUAAGAGUAUUGAAACGUUGCAUGUAAUAAACUAAGAAGUAGUAAAUCCAUAAAGUUGUGUUAUUAUGAAUAUUGUACCUCUACUUCUAAAUGUCAUUCAAGGAACAUACUUUAAAUUUAUAUUCUCUGUUUCAAUUAUUUCAGUCAAUAACAAUUAGAAAAAUUGCUUUUUAAUAAGCUAAACAUUCACUAUGCAACAAGCUUUAUGGAGUGCUCGGACAACUUAGCUGCUGUAAGCGUAUGUUUCGUUGCCUGGCAAAAAGGUAUCCUUUGUUUUGACUCAAAAAGAAUAUCUUCUUAAAAGUUCUCUAAAACAUUUUUAUUCCUAAAUUCACUGAAUUUGACAUUGUAUCAUAUGUAUUUUUUACUAGAAUCUUUAGUAAACUUAGCUAGUAAUAACUAGUCUAGUCUGCUGGAUGUUUGGUCUUUACACAUUAAAUAAAAUGGGGUUUCUUUUAUACCAAAUCUUACUUUUCUGGACCAACUAGUCUAUGAAGACUAAUUUACUCUAAUUGUAAAAUGUGUUAAUUUAUUUUGCAUUAGACUUUCUUGAUUUUUAUAUUUAUACUAGGGCUCUCAUUUUGGUCAUGAAAUAGAAUUAACUUCUAUUAUAUGUAAAAACAUUUAUACACUAAAAAAUGUCUUUUGAUCAGAAAGACAUACUCUGGCUAAUUAGAGGUGAAUAAAAUUUGCAAAAAAUAGUCAGACAACAUUUUGAUGGGAGAGCCCUGGUUUGCACUGGUGAUAUUAAUGUUUAUAUUAAGUUUGAUAUAAGGAUUUUAUUUUUACUAAAUUUACAAAGGUGCACUGGUUUGUUCUUGCAAAAAGAUCCUCGAUACAUUCGACUUGUUUUCUUGCCUACAUAUAGCUAUUAUCUUGUGAACUGAUAUUAUCCAUUCAUUAAUAUUUUAGUAAUAUAUCACAAUACUGAAAAUUGAUUUUGAUGUUAAUUAUAAUAUAGAUAAAACCACUCAUGUAUAUUUUUAUUACCUAUAUAUUUACAAGAGUAAUUGUGAUAUUACGUAUAAACAAGUUGUGAUAAUAAAUAUAUGUUAAUGAGUUGUGAUUGAUGUAUGAAAUCCAUGUGAAUAAAAAAAUCCCCCAAAUUU